CGAUAGCUACAAUACCCUUCCCUCCCCUGGGUACGAUAUAUAACCCAGUCGGGCGAUAUCGCCGUCCGCAUGCCAGAUGUACAAUGAUGUAUAGCGUUUUCCAACCCUCCCACCCCCACUUCGCAUGUACCGUCUUUUUUUUUUUUUUGUCUCUUCUUCUAGUCCAAAUCAGAUCUAUUAUAAAUACUUUCUCCCCCCCCCCUGGCCCAUGGAUUAGCCCAGUACCUGGCAUUCCUAUACAUAGACAGUCAUGAAAAUAGUAUGGCUGUCGUGCUUUUUUCCCCUUGCUUCUUCUUUGAGUGUUGUUUGGGUAGGAAAGAGCCGGACGCCGGAGCAGCCCUACUCGCGACCUCUUUUCAUUUCUCUCGGAAGUAUGGUUGUAUAUCCCUCUUUCUAUGUCCAGGCGGAAGUAUUCCGUACUCAGGGUUUGGUAGUGCUGGCUUUGUAGUGUACAUUCGCAUCGUUGUCUCUGCUCUGCUGCCUCUUAGGUCUCAGGGCUCAGGUCUCAGGGCUCAGGUCUCAGGCCUCGAGCUCAGAUGGAGAAGAAUUAGCGGAAACGCUAACGGUGUUUGGUCGGCAUCGAAGCCAUCGUCGGCGGGAAUUAGAAUCGAAUUCGGCCGAGAGAGAGCCGCCGGAUAGACCAUCCGUAGGGUUGAUUACUAGGUACUUACUUACUCAUGACACCACCUACUAA